AUGGGAGAAUGGCAGAAAAGACACAAUCAGAACGACUUUUCUGGACCGGUGAAUAUAAUUCCCAAAAAUGUGGAAAUUUAUCGGGUCCUAUACGCUUACAAGCCAAAAAAUGCGGACGAACUUGAGCUCCAAGAAAAUGAUAUCGUUUUUGUUAUUGAGAAGUGCGACGAUGGUUGGUUCAUUGGUACUUUACCACGAACAGGUCAGUUCGGAACAUUUCCAGGCAAUUAUGUUGAAAGCAUUGAACUAUAG